AAAAAUAGCUCGUCCCGGAGGGGCUGGAGAGAGGCUCCGCCUCUCCUUGCGGCGGGGUGGGGCGGCUGUCGCGGGAGCAAGAGGCGUCCGAGACCCCGGGCCGGCAGCUGCCGGCGCCCAGAGGUUCUCUGUGCCCUUGGCCCCGCAGGGUGGCAGCACUGGGUGGCCGGGCGGCUCUGUCUCGUGCCCUCGAGAGCCCGAGCUACCCGGGGCCGGGGAAGCAUCCCAGGCCGGCGCGGCGGCGAGGAUUCCGGGAACGGCCUCGGUCCGGGGCGGUGGAGCGAGCCCGGAGGCGGGGCCAGGGCGGAGGAGCGGACCCGCCAGCCCGCGACCUUCGCCCGUUCCCCAGGCUCCGGGGACCCCCAGGCCCUCUCUCAGCUCCUGUGCCUGCUGCCGUGGCCUUGGUGGCACCCUUCCCCAGUGGUCAGCCCGGGGCUUCCCCCACCCAUGCAUUCCCCCGCUACCACCGCCCAGGGCCUUGGCAGCCCCCUCUAUGCGGCCUACACUCUGCCCACCUUCAAGUUCCAGCCUCGCCGUGAGAGCCUGGACUGGAGGCGCAUCAGCGCCCUGGAUGUGGACCGCGUGGCACAGGAGCUGGACGUGGCCACCCUGCAGGAGAACAUCACCAGCGUCACCUUCUGCAACCUGGACCGGGAGGUGUGUGGCCGCUGCGGGCAACCCGUGGACCCGGUGCUGCUCAAGGUGCUGCGGCUGGCACAGCUCAGCAUCGAGUACCUGCUGCACUGCCAGGACUGCCUGAGCACCAGCAUGGCCCAGCUCGAGGCACGGCUGCUGGCCAGCAUGGGCCAGCAGGAGCGCGGCCAGCAGGAGCUGGACCGCCAGGCCGACGAGCUCAAGGGUGUGCGGGAGGAGAGCCGGCGGCGGCGCAAGAUGAUCGGCGCCCUGCAGCAGCUGCUCCUGCAGACGGGCGCCCACAGCUACCACGCGUGCCACCUGUGUGACAAGGCCUUCAUGAAUGCCAUGUUUCUCCGGGGUCACAUCCAGCGCAGGCAUGCGGGCGUGGUGGAAGGCGGCAAGCAGAAGACGCAGGAGCAGCCCGUGGAGGAGGUGUUAGAAGAGCUGCGGGCCAAGCUGAAGUGGACCCAGGGGGAGCUGGAAGCCCGGAGGGAGGCGGAGAGGCAGCAGCGGCUCCAGGAAGCAGACAUCAUGCAUCAGCGGGAAAUAGAAGCGAACAAAGCAUUUGAUGAAUGGAAAGAAAAAGAGAGGGCCAAGCUGUGUGGGGAAAUAGACAAGCUCAAAAAAUUAUUUUGGGAUGAAUUUAAAAGUGUUGCCGACCAGAACUCUACGCUGGAAGAGAAACUGCAGGCGCUGCAGUCCCACAGUGUGAUGAAGUCCAACCUUGGGUCCCUGCAAGAUGAGGAUCCCGAGGAGAGACUCAGGCAGGCUCAGGAGCUCCAGGCCCUAAAGGAAAAGAUGGAAAUUCAGAAAACGGAAUGGGAGAGAAAAAUGAAGACACUGCAGGAAGAGCAUGUAGCUCAGAAGAGAGAGCUGCAGGAGCAGAAUGAGAGGCUCCAGGCCUCCCUGUCUCAGGAUCAGAGGAAAGCAGCUGCUCAGGCCCAGCGUCAGAUCAGUGCCCUCCGUGCCCAGCUCCAGGAACAAGCCAGGCUCAUCGCCUCCCAGAAGGAGAUGAUCCAGACCAUGUCUCUCAGGAAGGUGGAGGGGAUCUGCGAGGGCCCGAAGGCUGUGGACACAGAGGAGGACUCUUCCAAAGAAGAGCUGGAGGACUCCCGCAGUGGACAGCAGAAGGUGCUGGCAGCUCUGAGGCGAAACUCCACCUUUUGGAAGCAGUUCAGGCCAGUCCUGGAGGACACCCUGGAGGAGAAGUUGGAAAGCAUGGGGAUAAAGCAAGAUGCAAAUGGAAUCCCUGCUCAGACCUUCAGACACAUGGAGUCCCUUCUGAGAGCCCAGCGGGAGCAGAAGGCGGGGAGGUUUUCUGAAUUUCUGAAUCUGCGGGAGAAGUUCAUCAAGGUAGCCACCAGGAGAGUGAAGGAGAGACAAAGGAACAGGGCCCCGGUGUCCCAGCCAGACGGCAAGGCUCCAGCCAAAAGCCAGCAGAACCCACUGGUCACCAAAAAGGCCCAGCCAAAGGCGAGGACCCUGCAUGUGGCAUUGCCACCCAAGCCGGCAGAGCCCCCUGUGACAACUCUUCAGAGCCGCGGCAGCCACGGCCCCGGCCUGGCCCCGGGGCCCACCCCCACUCCUCGCUCCAGAGCGCAGGGACCCUCCAGCACCCCUGCUUCCCCGGGGCCUGGGCUGAGUACGCCCCCGUUCAGUUCUGAAGAGGACUCGGAGGGAGAUGCUGGGCCUCGUGCGUCCCUGCAGCGCCCGAGAGUUCCUUCAAGGAUGGGGCCCCGGCCGCAGGAUGACUGGGACUGGUCUGACACCGAGACCUCGGAGGGAAGCGCCCAGCCCCCUGGCAAGGGCUCAGAUGGGCUGGCUUCCUCAGGAACACUGGUGCAGUCGAUGGUCAGAAACCUCGAGAAGCAGCUGGAGGCUCCGGCCAAGAAGCCUGCUGGAGGGGUCAGUCUGUUCUCAAUGCCCAAAGCCGGGCCACAGAGGGCUGCCGUGCCAGGAGGGAAGCCCCAGCUUUCUGAAGAUGAGAGUGACUUGGAGAUCUCUUCCUUGGAAGAUCUCCCCCAGGACCUGAACCAGAGAGAGAAGCCAAAGCCCGUGUCUCGCUCGAAGCUCCCAGAGAAGAUUGGUGCCAGCUCUUGGAGCCCCAGUCAGUCCAGGGUCCCUGGCUGCUGAGCCCGGAGCCUGGCGGCCCAAGGACCAGCCUUGGCGCCCAGCUGGGCGGGGCCGGCUCAGGGUCCACCCCAGCAGACUGGGCUGCUGGGCCUCUUGUCUUCACCAGUAACCGAGAGGUCUUCUCCCCUGGAGAGAAGCAGAGCAGAAAACGCAUAUGAUCUCUCCCGCCCCCUGUGAGGAGCCCUGGCAGCGCCCCCGGGUCCCAGGACUUGAGAAAGGUUGUAACAGGACCUCAAAGCGGCAUCCUUCCUCCACUGCCACGUUCACUCCAGACUGAAGGGAGACAGGUGGUCUCUACUCUGGAGUGUUUUGUAAACCUGCGGGAACCCUGUAGAGAUGGGUCUUUUAUAGGGUCUUUUUGGGGACUUAUGCCUGAGUCAGUCAUUCAGUGAUUGACCCAAAGCCAUUGGCUGAGGUCCUCCAGCCUCUCACUGCCGAGCUGGGGUACAGGCAGAGGUGGGGGGCAGAAAGCACAGGGCUGUAACCUGUGACAGAGGUCAGGAGGCUGUGGACACACAGAUGUAGCCUCCUGAGGCAGCCCGGGGUGGCCUUGGAGAGCUUCCCAGAGCUGAUGUCCGGCAGGGCCUGCUCGUGGGGGGGAGGGGAGGGGGCUGCUUGGCUGGGGCCUUGUGUCCCCAAAGGAUCACAAAUUACAUUUUUGGUAUUAUUUCUAAAGUUAGGUUUUAUAUAUAUAUAUAACUAGAAUAUAUUGUUUAAAUGUGAAGAGCAUUAGUUUAUUAUAUGUAAAGCUUUAAAUACAGCACGAUGUUUAUCACUCUCUGGUACUGCUCCCUUGUUUUUGGAGCUUUGGCGGGGGCCGGCGCCCUCUGUACGCCAACUGUGUUCGUUUAGGACCUUCGGGAUGCAGGUGCCAAGGUGGGGGUAGGAGUGCAAGCGGUUUAUUGGGGAGGCACAUCUGUGAAAGGCCCCCAAAGCGCUCAGGUGCAAUGAAAGUCUGACCCCUGUGAGAGGAGGGAGAGCAGGAACAGGCAGGGGGAGCCCCAGACCGCCACGCAGCUGACAUCUCCGCCAACCCAGUGGGAGCUCCAGAGCAGGCACGGCCCACCAGGGAGUCCCUACCAGGCAGGAAUGGCCAGGACCUCGUGCUCCGACCGGCUCAGCCAUGGCUGGGGCACCCAGGAGAGUGAGACCUUACCGAACGGCCGUUGUUUUCCCUGUAGGGAAACCCAGCCGUGUGUCUCCGGGCCUCACGCGUGGAGGGAAUAGUGUGAUGAGCCCACGUCCCCAACACCCAGCCUCAGCCGUUAUCAACUCAUGGCCAACCUUGCCUCAUCUGUCUCUCCCCACUACCUUGGUCUCUUCCCCUCCCCAGCCCUCCAUCGAGGCUUCAUUUGACCUCUGGGUGGUCCUGAUACGUGGGCUAAGCCCUGACGUUCUAGCAGGAGGAACCAGGAGAAGUGAGGAAGAAAGGCAUUGCAGUGGGCAAAGGGGAUCUGGGCCGAAGAAGGCGGGGGUAUCAUGAUGCCAGGCUGUUCAGUGAGGCCAGAGCACAGCUUAUGAAGGGCUUUUGGGGGACUUGGGGCCAGCCCACUGCUAGCUGCUGGGGAGUAAAUUCCCUUUGUGGAUCUCAUACCUUUGAACAACUGAGAUUGGGUACAACCAUGAUCCCCGUGGUGGUGUGAGGAGGGGAAGGAACAGUGACUGGGGAGUGGGAGGCGUUUGUCCCUCUCUCAGGAUUCUGCCAACAAAUUCAUGCUUUCCUAUUCACAGGUUUUGGGCAAGGGAGGUGUAAAAAGAUGCUUGUGGGGUCCCUUGUUACAUUCUGGUUUUCUGUAGCUCUGAGUGUACUACCGAUGCCAGCCCUCACAUCACAGUGUGCUCUGGGAUUUCUGCUUUUUGGCCUCAGGGUUGUCUGUGAUGUGGGAGGUUACACAGGCUACUUGCAGAUACAGCCUGAAAGUGCCGGAGGGCUGACUCUACCAGGACAGCCUGCACCCUGGGUAGAGUGGGAGUUGGUGAGUAAUUGCUCCAGCCUUUCUGUGCUUUGGUGGGACAAUUCUCAGGUUACUUCUACAGUUUCUCAAAGUCCCCAGGGGGAGUGAAUCCCGGGUGCCUCCAGCAGUUACAACUUAUUAACACACCCUUUAUUGGCCUUUCUCCCUCUGGUUUCAUUUUUCUCUCUCACUUCCGCUUCUUGGGAGCAUCUCUGAAAUAAAUUAACCUGUACCCAAGUCCUGGCCUUAGGCUCUGCUUUCAGGGGGCCCCAAGUGAACUAGAUGUGCGUGCCCGUGUGUUUUGCACGUGCUCACACAUGCUGGGGAUAGUCACCAGUGAAGAAUGACUCUGUUCCUGAGUGUUCAUUAUUAAGUUCUAUGUUUCCAAAUCUGUUUUUCUAUCUACUUUGGAGACUAACAUAUGAGCUUUGCAUUCGUAUGCUGUUUACUCCUCCCCACUGUCAAAUACAUUAAAAAAAUUGGGGCAAGAUUUACAAGAGCUUUGGAACAUAACGUGUUAGUCAGUCUCUGACACAAGCAGUAGGAUAUAUAGAUAGAGGUACAGAUGUAGGUAAAGAUACAUAGAAGAGGAAAUUUUAUUAUAGGAAUUGGCUCAUGUAGUUAUGGAGGCCCCAAGAAGUCCCCUGAUCUGCUGUCUGCAGGCUGGAGAACCAGGAGAGCCUCUGGUGUCAGUCCUGGAGUGCGAGGGCCCAAAAACCAGGAGCCGCAAGGCCCGAGGGCAGGAGAAGAUGGACGUCCCAGCUCAAGAAGAGAGAACUAAAUUGUCCUUUCUCCUUCCUCUGUGUUUUCAUUCUAUUUGGGCCCUCAGUGGAUUGGGUGAUGCCCAGCCAGGCUGGUGAGGGUGGAUUUUCUUUACUCAGUUCUACUGAUUCAAAUACUAGUCUCUUCUGGAAGCAUCCUGAGAGACACACCCAGAAAUAAUAGUUUCCCAGCUAUCUGGACAUCCCUUUGCCCAGUCAAGUUAACCAUCACAAUAUGUAACAUAGUAAGUUAUUUAAAAGUUAUCCAAGCAAUAAGAUUGAUGCAGGAAAAUUAGAAAACACAGAUAAUCAAAAAGAAAAAUAAAUUUGAAUAACCCCCAAAUCCAGAGUCAACUACUAGGUAAGCAUGCAGUGAUUAAAAAAAUACUUGUCUUCUUCCUAGAGUUCAACUGUAUUUAUUUUUCUCUAACUUGAUUUUCCUUCUUGAGAAUAGAUUACAAAUGUCCUUACAUCAAUACAUAUGUAUCAACAUAAUUAUAUUUAAUGGCCACAUAGUAUCACAAGGUAAAGAUUACAAACAUUUAUUUAACCAGGAAUUUCUACUUUGGGCCUUUGAUGAAUCAUGGAAUGAUAAACAAAUGUGUAUAUACAUCUUUGUGUGCUUAAUUAAGAUUUCCUGAGAAGUACUUAGACGUGAGGUUGCUGGACCAGCAUUGUAAUGAAAGCCAGCCCUAUAUGCCAGGCACUGGUCCAAGUUUCUUAUGAAUAGUCACUGACUGAACCUUACAGCAACACUUUGAGGUGGUGCUGCUAUUACAGUCAUUUUGGGACUAGGCGCUGAGACAGCUAAGAAUCUUGCUUUGAGUCCUGUCUGCAGUAAGCAGCUGGCUCUAAAGCCCUGACUCCUCACCGUGUAUUUGGGGGGAUUUUCGGUUCAUAAACGCUCUCCUGAGCCACCUGAGUGUAAUGUUUGGGAUGCUCCUUUUCGCAUUCCCUUGCCACCAGGGGGUAUCAUUCAUCUUUAAACGUUUAGACAACGUGAUGGAUGAAAAAUGAAACUUCACGUUUUAAAAAAUUUACAUUUUUUAGUUUUCUUCUGAGGCAGGAUUUUUUUUUUCAUUUUCUAAUCAGUUAUUUCUAUUUCUUCUUUUAUAAAUUGCCUGAUUAUAUUCUUAGUGCUUUUUUUGUCAGUUGAUGUGAUUAACUUUUCCUUGUUGCUUUUUUUCUUUCUCUUUUUAUUAUGGAACAUUUCAAGCAUAUAUAAAAAUAGAAUGUGGGGACUUCCCUCGUGGCUCAGUGGUUAAGAGUCUGAGGGGCAGAGGACACGGGUUCGAUCCCUGGUUGGGGAGGAUCCCACAUGCUGUGGAUCAACUAAGCCCGUGUGCCACAACUGCUGAGCCCACAUGCCACAGCUACUGAAGCCCGUGCACCCAGAGCCCGUGCUCUGCAACAAAAGAAGCCACUGCAGUGAGAAGCCUGAGCACCGCAAUGAACAGUAGCCCCCUCUCACCGCAACUAGAGAAAGCCCGCACGCAGCAACAAAAAGACCUAACACAGCCAAUAAAUAAAUAAAUAAAUAAAUAAAAUGUAUAAUGGCCUUGAUGUCCUCAUCACUUAGUUUUAACAAUUAUCAAUACGUGACGACUCAUUUCCUGCAAACCUCUUGCCAACCUCCUCCCGAAUAAUAAUAUACCUACAAAUAUUUCCAUAUGUAUCUCUAAAAUAUACUUCCUUUUAAAAAAAACCACUAUGCUACCACCACUAAAACAAAAGUCAAUAAUUUCUUUUAAACAUCACCCAACAUCUGAUGGGUUCACAUGUCCUCUCUUUUCCUACGUGUUUGAGUCUCUUUUAAUCCAUAGAUUCCAUUUCCACUUUCCUUCCCUCCCUCCUACCUUUUUUCCCUCACAAUCUUUAUUAUUUUUUGUUGCUAAAGAAGUUUGGUUGUUUGCCGUGGAGAACUCCCCUGGUCUGGAUUUUGCUGACUGCAUUACUGUGAUGGUGUUCAGUGCAUUCCUCUUUCCCCUGAACUAUCUGUAAAUUGUAGUUAGAUCUAAAUACUUGAUCAGGUUCAACUUUUUUGAUUUUUCAAUUCUUUGUUGACAAAACACUUCUUAGGUGGCACUGUGCACUUCCAGGAGGAGGCACAUAACAUCUGGUUCCCUCUUUUUAUAGUGUUGAUGAUAUAUUGAGGAUCAUUGCCUAAAUCCAUCUAUUGAUGAGGGAUUUCCAAAAUUGUGAUUGGUCUAUCAUUCCUUUGGCAUUGACUAGCUGGAAAGUGUCUGUAAGGAGAAAUUCCCCAAACAGAACUGUCUGGUUGCCUUCAUACCGUUCUAUAUAAACGGUACCUUAUCUACUAAGGAAGCUAAGGGUUUGAUUCUUUUCCCUUGCAAAAUAAUGAGAUGGUUUCCUACUAUCCUUUAUGGGAACCAUAUGAACUCAUACAUUUCAAUAUAUUUGAUUUGUUGAGAUUGAUUAUAGUUGUUAUUCUUAUUGAUGCUGAACUUGUCAUCUUUGGCUGAUGGGUGACUCUUCCUGUUGGUUCCUGGGUCCUUUUGAAUGACCUUAACAGCCUGAUGGCCUCCUUGCUAUCUGUUACGAAGGAUGAUCCAGGCUCAUAGCAUGCAUUUCCUGCCUCAGACCUGAAAUUAGUAACUUCUCUGGGGGAAUUCUGGUUUCUUUUAGAGGGAAAUGAUAUUUGCAAUCAGGGUGCAGUGGGGUGAUGAUUACUACUGGUCUGGUCGUUACUGCUAAGCCCUUUCAGUGGACAGAGACAGGAAAUACAAGCAAGAAAAUGUAUUAUAAGUUCCUACUGAUAUUUCCCAUUCGGAUUCAGGACUACAGGGUUUUUAACUUUAUUUCGUUGAUCUAAUACCUACUUAUAUCUCUUUCCUUCCACUCCGAGAGUCUUGGGUCUUAACAGCACAGUCUCAGUCUCAGAAUAGCAACACCAACUUUAUUAUUCACAGUAUGAAUACUGAAAACAGUUUAAAAUUUAUUACUAUUAUAUUUUGGAGUUUUUGGGUCCUGAGGGUGUAUCCCACUAGGGAUGCCCAGUUAAAUUACUUUGCUUUCAAAUCACUUCCAGUAGUUUCUCUCUGUGGUUAUGUUACUGAAUGGGUGUAUAAUUCGGUUUGCUUCUUCAUUUUACUUUUGAUUUUUAGAGAUAGCAUUUUUAUUAUUUAAUUUGCUUCAUAUUGAUUUUACAUAUAUGUAUUGCUAACAUAUAAAAAUAUAACUGUAUUGAUUAUAUGUAUUAUUAUAUA